AUGACAUUUAACCACGCCUAUGUGUAUAAUGUCACCACCGACCUAACAGGUGAUACCCUGAAUAUCGAGAUGUGGCUGCGGAAAGAUGUGAUACCGGGCUUCAUGUCCAAACUUGAUAUACUUAUCAGUCUUUCGGCGAAUAAGAAGCGCUUCCAAAGCAUAUUCUCCUACAAUGUGGACAUUUGCGGGCUAAUGAAUAACUUGUCGCGCAUUAUUUUGAUGCGUGGUUGGAUGUUAAAUGUAACUAAGCAUAGUAAUUUAAAGUCGCACUGUCCCUCGCAAGCGGUAUGUGGAAUUUUGCUUGGUUUUCGGAACUUUACGGUCGAGAAAGGCAGCAUACCAGUUUAUUUCCAAGCAGGCGAAUAUCGCAUUGUUACGCAUCAUUACUACAAAGUCAAGAAGAACAAGAAAAAUAUAACAGUGGCUGAUUUUAAUUUCCAUUUGCAGAUUGACUGA